AUGGCUAGCAUUAGCUCUUCCCGUCGUGUCUGCGGCUGUUACGUAUUCCACCCAGAGACGUACGAGCGGACUUACCUUCCUCAAGUAAAGCUUGAUGCUCACACAACAAUCUUUUCAACGGCCGCCCGCACCGUCCUGACGCAGACAUUCGUCAACCGUUCGAGGGAGUCGUUGAAUGAGAUCCGAUACGCAUUUCCGUUGUUCGACGGCGUGAGUGUUGUCGACUUCUUCUGCCAAAUCGGCGAACGCACUAUCUACGGCCUGGUCAAAGAGAAGAAUGAAGCCAAAAAGACCUACGAGGAGGCCAAGAAGCGCGGCGAAAGCGCAGCGCUACUUGAGCAACUGCCUGACGCGGCAGAUGUCUUCACAACUGCUGUUGGUAACAUUCCAAACGGCGCAUCUGUACACAUAUCCAUCAAAUACAUCCAAGAGUUAAAGCACGAUGCCGAAGUCGAUGGUAUAAGACUUACCAUCCCUGCGUCGAUUUCACCCCGUUAUAGAUCCUAUCCGGGCAAGCUCCAAGAAACCUCUGCAGACAUCGAUUCGAAGGGGAUCUCAAUAACAGUCGAUGUAAGGAUGGCGCAAGGUAUCCCUAUCAAGAAAGUUAUAUCCCCAUCACACCCCAUUGAAGUUACCCUCGGAUCGCUCUCAACGAGCACUAUGGACGAAGAGUCUUCGGUUUCGAAAGGCUCCGCAACCCUCGCCUUGGGUACCACCGAAUUCGAGAAGGACUUUGUUUUACAGGUGGUUGCAAAAGACGUUGGGAUACCUCAGGCGAUCCUCGAGACACACCCAACGCUCCCCAAUCAGCGCGCGUUGAUGACGACAUUGGUGCCGAAAUUCAACCUCAAGUCGCAAAAGCCCGAGAUCAUCUUCAUCGCGGACCGUUCGGGUAGCAUGGGAGGCCACAUAUCCACUCUGGUCUCGGCACUCAAAGUAUUCUUGAAAUCGAUCCCCAUUGGUUGUUCGUUCAACAUCUGCUCGUUUGGGAGCAGUCACUCGUUUCUUUGGCCAGAGAGUCAGACGUAUGGCCAGGAUACACUUGCAAAGGCUAUCCAACAUGUCGAAACGUUUGGGGCAAACUUUGGUGGGACAGAAACUCUCGCUGCGGUCAAGGCUUGUUUCGAAGCUCGCAACACUGAACUUCAAACCGAACUCAUGCUACUUACCGAUGGCGAUAUCUGGUCACAAGAACAGUUGUUCGACUACAUCUCCAAGAAUACGAAGAAUGGAGACGUUCGUGUAUUCCCUAUUGGAAUAGGUGGAGUUGUUUCUACUGCGCUCAUUGAAGGUGUCGCGCGAGCGGGGAGAGGUUUUGCGCAGAUGGUCGCAGACAGCGAAAAGCUCGAUAGCAAGAUCGUUCGUAUGCUUAAGGGCGCACUCACGCCACACAUCAAAGACUACUGUCUCGAAGUCAAGUACGAAGAUGACAGCGUCGAUUCUGUUACCGACAGCCUACGUGUUGAACUCAAUAUUGCCGAUAAGGAGGGAGAGCAAGAGAGAGCCACUGUCUCCGAUGCGAAGCCCAUCUCACUCUACGACCCUGACGCCCAAGAAGAGCAUCCCAAGGAUGGCGAGUCCAAGGACAUAUUCGAAGGUCUGCCCGAGCUCAAGCGCCCGGUCUUCUUGCAGACACCCCAUGAAAUACCGUCGCUCUUUCCGUUCAAUCGUACAUGUGUUUACCUGCUGAUGUCUCCGGAGUCAUCGCAUCUACAGCCGAAGAGUGUCGUACUUAGAGGUACCUCACCACAAGGUCCACUGGAGCUUGAGAUACCGGUUGAAGUGCGAGAGGAGGCUGACGAAAUGAUUCAUCAGCUGGCGGCGCGCAAAGCAACACAGGAACUCGAAGAGGGCCAUGGUUGGCUGUCCGAAGCUGCCGUUGGUGAUACCGGCGUACUAUUCAAGGACAAAUAUCGCGCCCAGUUCCCUCUACUCCAGAGACGCGAGGCUAUUCGUCUCGGCGUCGAGUUUCAGGUCGGCGGCAAGUAUUGUUCCUUCGUAGCCGUAGAAACCAACGAGACCGAAAUUGUCGAGAAGCGUAGCAAAGCACUAGACACGAUGCUGAACCGGGGUGAUGAGACAGAUGACAACGAUUGGGAGGUCUUGGAGGAUGCGCCAUCGGCAGGCUUCUCAGCGUUCGCACAAUCUUCUCCAGGCGGCGGUGGUGCUCGCUCUGCAGGGAAAGGCUUGGGUCGAGGCGGCGCUAUGCGUCACCGCAAAGUUGCUCCUCAAGUUCGAGCUGAAACUGAUUGUGAUAACGUGACUGGUUUGAAAGUGGCAAAGCUUGACGAGGCCAGUUCGGAUGAAGACUUGGGCUUUGCCCUGAUGGACAACGACCUCGAUGAUUCUGCCGUAUUUGCAGUUUACUCGCCAGUGUCGCCUACUUUACCGAACAGCAAGAGGCAGAAAAUGGAGGAAACCGGUAAGAACAUGGCUCCUCACAUGUUCUUUUCGCAUCCUGACAUGAAUCCAGGCACCCUCCUCCAGCGUCUCAUCGCGCGUCAAUCUUUUGAAGGCUCGUGGGUGGCUAUUGAUAAGCUACCUUGCGAUGAGAUGAAGCUUGACCGCGAUGCUGCUAGCAAAGCCGUUGCUCAACUUACCGAGACGAAUGCUGACCGCAUUCUGGCUACUGCGACCGUGGUCCUCUUUCUGGAGAAAAAGAUGCAGGACGAAGAAGAGACGUGGGAGUUGGUUGUUGAGAAGGCGCGUGCGUGGCUUGAGGGCGAGGUGGCAGAGGAUGUCCUCGCUCAAGUAUGGCAAUUGGCUGAGGCCGUCAUUGAGAAGAUUUGA